AUGGUUAAGUACUCAAGAGAGCCCGAUAAUCCCACCAAGUCUACCAAGGCCCGAGGUGCAGACCUUAGAGUUCAUUUCAAGAACACUAGGGAGACAGCGUUUUCCAUUAGGAAGAUGCCCUUGAUCAAGGCUAAAAGGUACUUGGAAGAUGUUCUUGCUCACAAACAGGCCAUUCCAUUCAGACGUUUCUGCCGUGGUGUUGGGAGGACAGCCCAGGCCAAAAACAGACACUCCAAUGGACAAGGGAGGUGGCCUGCCAAAUCUGCUAAAUUCAUCCUUGAUUUGCUUAAGAAUGCCGAGAGUAAUGCUGAAGUCAAAGGUUUGGAUGUUGAUGCUCUUUAUAUUUCUCAUAUCCAAGUCAAUCAAGCACAGAAGCAAAGACGCCGAACAUACAGAGCCCAUGGAAGAAUCAACCCUUACAUGUCAUCCCCAUGUCACAUAGAGUUGAUAUUAUCCGAGAAGGAAGAACCUGUCAAGAAAGAGCCUGAGACCCAGUUGGCUUCUAGCAAGAAGAGGGCUUAA